AUGUGGCUUGGUGGAUCAUUAGCUGCAAUUGAUGAAAACAGUUUCCUAGCUUGCGCGCCGAGAUGGGCUACUCAGAAAAAUAAGGACCGUGCAGUUCAUGGGUUUUGCUAUCGUGCUCAAACCGGGAAUGGAAAUGUUCAAGGAUUGGAACCACCAUUACAAUAUUGGGACCAACUUACAAAUUCAGGUACCCUUAUUUGGUUCUAUGGUCAAACAGGAUUCUCGUCGGCUGUGGAUCAUUCUAAGACAUUAAUGCUAGCGGGUGCCCCUGGGUACUUGGGAUGGCGUGGUAACGCCAUUCUGUACAAUCUGGACGAAAUGUCACAAUUACAAUCUUGUCAGCCUGCAAGUCAAUUUAACACGGUAUUUAAAGUUAAUUCGAGAAGAGGCACAAGUGGGGACUCUGCAGACUACUUUGGGUAUCAUGUCGCCUCGGGACAAAACAGCUUUGGCCAGGCCACAAUUUUUGGCGUGGGUGCUCCAAGGGGAAACGGGGAAAAGGACAGGCACUUGGCUGGGUUUGCAUCCCUCAUUUCUGUUACUCGCAGAAACAUUCACGGUGCACCGUUAAUGGGGAUACACGACGUUGUUCUUGGUGAACAAUUGGGUUCGUAUUUUGGAGCAGUAGUUGCAUUUGUCGACGUAAACGGAAAUGGAGAGGACGAAAUGUUUGUUGGUGCGCCAUUCUACACGGUUGGGCAUAGUUCAGAAUCAUACGAUGAGGGAUGCGUUUUCGUAUACUCAAAAAGCAUCCUGGUGGAAAAACUGUGCCCAAGUUCUGAGUCUGGGAGCCGCUUUGGUUCUGCGAUUGCCAGUCUUGGAGACAUUGACCAUGAUGGCUUUAUAGAUGUUGCAAUCGGUUCACCUGGCUCUGCUAACAGACGGGGGGAAGUGUAUAUCUACUACGGUCACCCAAAUUUUCCAAAUUCUCGAGAAAGUAGUCCCCAGAUAAUUCGAGCACCUGAAAUUAAUGACAACAACUUCAAAGGAUUUGGCUCUACACUGUUUGGGAACAUAGAUUUGGAUAAAAAUGGAACCCCAGAUCUUUUAAUCGGUGCUGCGUCCACAAACCAAAUUGUCAUUUACCGCACUCGGCCACGCCUAAAGCUUCAGCCGGUGGUCACAAACUUCCAAAUGCGAGCAGACUCUCUAGCGAUUUACAAGUUGAAAAGAGAAGAUUUGUCAUUCCGACUUCUUUUCUGCAUAUCGUCACAGAUUCAACCAAAAAACGAUGGAAAAUUAGAGAUUCAAGUAGAAGCAAAAUUUGAUUCAUCGGAAGAGCGAUAUCAAUUUAACAAUAAAUUGAAAAUCUUAAAGUUUUCACUCCAAGUAACUACCAAUGCAGCACCAAAUUGUACCAAUGUCCAUGUUAAUCGCGUGAAGGAAGUGGAAAUUCAAAAUCCAGCUUCAAUUAAGAUAGGAUGGAAAAUGAGCUACAAUAACACAAUCAGCGAGAUUUUUGAAAUUUCAAAACUAUCCGUCACGUCAAAUGCACAGGGACGACAUUCCCUUGGAGAUGCAAUAUUCUGUACUUGGUGCCCGAAAAGCAUGGAACAAUUUCAUGAUCAUUUUCUUCCUGUUGCGAUUGAUAACUGCGAUGAGGAUGGGAAUGAAAUUUGUAACUCUAAACUAAAAGUGGUGGCAAGUCUUCGGCCAAUUAAUGGGAUUGACAACGAUAAAUUGAACGAGUACACAAUUGGACCUCAUGGACCUCGAUUCCUUGACGUGUAUAUUGAAAAUCAUGGCGAAACUGCUUAUUCUCCUAACGUGGUUGUGAACGUUUCGUUCUCAAAUCCGACUCUGUCAAACAGUUUUAUUAUACGACCAACCUUGGACGGGAAUCAUAAGUGUUACUUGAAUAAUAACAAAGUUGUUUGCAGAGAUCCUUUGCACAAGGGCCAAAAGGAACAUCUCAGUUUCAUUAUUACAAUAAGUCAAACUUUAGCAGCACUGAAAAAUGAGGAAACUAUUGAAAUUAUAAUUACGGCUUACCCUGGUCCAUAUCCUGAACAAAUGGAAAUGUCAAAUCCCGUGAAGUUCAAAUUGAUUUCUGAUGUUAAGUUGACAUUAACUGCACUAAACGCUGAACGCAAAGAUAUCAGCAUUAAUGAUGCAAAUGCAGUCUUCAGGAGCUCUUACGAGAUAAUCAAUUCUGGACUAUCACCAGUAAAUAAUCUCCAUUUCAAGUUUCAAAUCCCUGUUACGUAUGUCCGAAAUGAUGAAGAACAACAGGCGGUUAUCGUUUACAUGCCAAAACCAUACAACAGAAUCUCAUGUGUACCACCUAAUUCACAAGGAUUUCCUCCACUUCCUGCAAUUGACAUAAAGAACACACCUCCAUUGAUGGACUUUCCAAACGCAACAAAUGAUGAAGUGACCCCUAAUAUCGGAAUUUCUCGACGGAGACGCCAAACGCAGAAUGAAAGAGGACAAACUGAUGUACGAAAAUCUGUCACAGGGAAUAACAAUAAUAACGCUAUGCUUGAUGUGGACUGUGUUACAGUUCCCCAAUGGAAAUGUGUCGACGUCGUUUGUUCCCUAACUUCGCCACUGCUAUUCAGAGAACCAUUAAUCAUUGAACUGAUUCUAAAAUUUAGUAAAAAUGCCACAAAUAACAACAAUAUCAUACCUUCAGAGUCAACCGUACUUGUUACAACUUUUGCAAAGGUGUGGACAUUUGAUGACAACUUCAAUCCCCUGAAUGCCUCCGCGGUUACCGUCCUUCAAUCAGAGUCUUAUGGAGAUUUGCCAGCUUAUCUGAUAUUCGUGUCGGGUAUUGGUGGGCUGAUAAUCUUUCUUUUGAUUGCAUUUCUCAUGUUCAAGUGUGGAUUUUUUCGGAGGAAGACCAAAGAAAAUUUAGCAAAUUUAAAGGCUCAAGCAGAGCAAGCAGAUCUUCUGGCAGAAAAUUUUCAUAUUCCACCCGAUGAUCCAAAUGACGAAUAAAAUAAUAAUUGUAAUUUAUUUGGAAGACAACAUUGA